UUAGAAUUUAAUGAGGUGUUUCCGGUGACGUGAUUCUAACAAUAUAACAUAACAAUUCGAAUAAAAUGCGUCAUUAAUAUUUAUUCUCAAUCAUUGUUUAAAUACUUAUCAAUUUCGAUAAGUCUAACGUUCGAUCUUCUCGAGUAUAUAAACAAUUUCGGUUUUUAAACAAGUUUACUGUGAUAAUUAAUUAUCUUACUUUGUGUAAUACAAAAUCGUCUUGUCUACUCACCAACAUGAAUCUCUUCUACGCUUCCUUUGGAAUACUCACAAUAUUCCUAAUAUCCGGAGGUGCGUUAACAAAUGCCCAUCGACGGCCAUGUCGUGAAUCUCCUCCCGGAAGUGAUGAUGACCGUGAAUUGAAACUGGUGCAUGUUGUAAUGCGUCAUGGAAUUCGUGCGCCUGUUUCAUUAUAUCCGAAUGAUCCACAUCAGGGUAAUGACUUCCCUCCGAAUGGACGUGGGAUGAUUACUAUGAAAGGCAUUGAAGGUGUUUAUGAAUUGGGGAAGAUACUUAGACAAAGGUUUGAUAAAUUCCUGGGUUCGAGGUUUAAUAUCUCGGAGUUCAAAGCGGAGUCGACAGGAGUUGAACGCGCGCAGGCGACGAUUAUGGCUGUGAAUGCUGGGUUGUGGCCUCCGGCGAAGGAACAAAGGUUUAGUAAGGAUUUUGCAUGGAUGCCUGUGCCUGUUUUCAUGACGAAUCUUGAUGAUGAUAUGUUGUUGUUAGUGGCUAAGGAUUGCCCACAGUAUAAUUUUGAAAGGAAGAGAAUUGAAGAGUCAGCUGAGGUUCAAGCUGAGUUGGAGAAAUAUAAAGAUAUGAUGGCGAUUAUCCAAGAAAAAUCUGGGCAAACAAUGAAAACGUUUGAUGAUAUUGGAGAUAUUUAUGCUACUAUGUUGGCAGAAAAAUCUUAUGGUUUGGACUUACCUGAUUGGGUCUUACCGCAUUUUGAUCGUAUGGAAACAGCUACAGCGUUCAGUUUUGUAAUCAAAGCUUAUAAUGACAAGAUGCAACGUUUGAAAGGCGGUGUUUUACUUAAGAAGAUCCUUUCUGAUUGGCGAUCGAAGGUUGCUGGUACUCUCACACCGAAAAUGUUCCUCUAUGGUGGUCAUGAUUCUACUAUUGCUAAUUUGUUGAGUGCUUUGAAAGUUUUCGAUCCACAAGUGCCUAAUUAUGCUAUGUCUAUAAUUUUACAAAUGUCUUUUGAUAAAAGUACAAAACAACAUGGAAUUGAGAUCUUUACUAAAAACUCAACUGCAGAGUAUAUACAACACCAGUUACCAGGCUGUGAAAUGUUCUGCCCACUUGAAGAUAUAAUUAAAUUGACAUCCAAUGUGAUUCCUGUCGAUUGGGAAGCUGAAUGUGCCACUGAUGAUGAGAAUUAUACAGCUCCGCCAUUUGAAGGGCCGUAGAUGUUUCUACUUGACACAGAUCUGAAGUAUUUUCAUUUUUAUAAUAUCUUUUUGACGAUUAUCAAUGAACUCGAAAAUUGUGGAUAUUUUGAAUAAUAAAGAAACGUAUUUUACUUUUUAACGCACAAA